AUGAAGGCGCGACCAAUUUCCCCAUUUCAACGCCAAAACAGCAUGGGCCACGAUUCCAAGCCAAAUUCUCGAUCCAGGUGCCCUGACCCAACAUCAGCUCAGAAGACGUCUGGCCCCCGACAGGCCAAAUUGUCGAUGGCCGCCAUGCUUUGUGUCACCGCGCAACCUGGUGCAAGGGGGCCUUAUCCGCGCACGGACCAUACCAGGAGAUUGCAAGGGAUGCAGAACCCCCUGAUAUGCACACAGACGUAUCGACUCGGGCCGGGCAUGCCAGCAACGGCUGUCACCAUGGAAGGGUCUGGAAUGGCCCGCGAAGGUAUAAGUAAGACCCUCGCCCCUCUCCCAGGAGAGAAAAUCCUUUUUCCUCUCAUGUCUCAAGGGCAGCUUCACAUCCGCAAGAGAUACACAUUCAACCCGCAUUCUAUUCGUCUGACCAUUCCACCCCAACCAGCCUCUCUGAUACCUACCCAUAUAGCACGUACUUCCACCAAACCAUCUUCUCUUCGCACACACACAAGUCACCAAGCUCCAAGUCAAACGAUGGCCUCCCCUGCUGAAGAACUCCAGGCAACCCUGCCCAACAAUCUGACGGUCAAAACGCUCUCAGUGAAGGGUCGUCUCCCAACGUUUGCAACCAAGGUGUCGGACAUCGAGGACCAAGAAAUUUGCCAGCAGGUCUUCGACAAAUACAUCGCUUAUUCCGACAAGCUUUGCGGUUAUCGGGUCGACAUGGGGGGUGGCUACAUCUACAUGUGCCAGGCCAUCGUGGGAGAAGACAACUACGACAUCCAUCAUGAUCCUACCGCAUAG